UACUGCUGAUUACCAUACAGUUUCUCCAGGUCAAAUUUUGAUCGCCGUCUUCAUCUCGUUUUCACGUCUUUUGCUGUGGAUUCAUUGGCAAGAUUUGCUUUCUAUCUGUCAUCAGAGGUUUCCAGUUCAUCAAUUUCAGGUUGCACCUGUAAGAAGCCCUUCCAGGCUUGCUGCUUUUUCCGAGCAGCGUCGUCUCCAUUAUAGAUCGUGGAUCGAGACGCAAGCCUGCCUCGUUUUAUGCCUCAACUGACGAGAUAGUCGAUUCCUUGUCUCCCUCAGUGAGUGAGCUGUUUCUUUCACGGGGAUUGAUGUGUGCAGUUGAGUGAGGAGAGUGUCCUGAGUCAACAAGCCAAAGAGUAAGUACCAGCCAUCUAGUCUGUCUCGUCUAGGCUCCACCCAGCCACCAUGAAUCGGGGUGAUGGGGGAAGCUACCCGAGCUACUCACAGGGUUCGUUACGUCAGCACCACCACCACCACCACCAUGGCAGUAACCACAGAGAGCCGGAGAUAGUGUACAAGGUGGGGAUCUACGGCUGGAGGAAGCGAUGUCUCUACCUGCUGGUCCUGGUCCUGAUGGCUGUCAUCACAGUCAACCUGGCCCUGACGGUCUGGAUACUAAGGGUCCUAGACUUCUCACUCAUUGGCAUGGGUAAAUUCAAGAUAGCCAAAGAUGGUAUUCGUCUAGAAGGUACUGUAGAAUUCCUCAAGGCUUUUUAUACUGCACAAAUUACAUCUUUUAAGAAUAAACCAUUGGUCUUCCAGUCAGGGCACAAUGUGAGUAUCAAUGCUCGGAAUGGACUUACAAAUGUAACAGGCAGAUUUGUAGUAGGUGAUAAAACAUUAACAUCUCACAGUGAGAGAUUUGUUAUAUACGACACCCAAGAUAACAUGGUAUUCUAUGCAGAUGCAGAAGAAGUUAAAAUUGGAACAGAUAAAUUAACAUUCACAGGUGCUGAGGGAACUAUAUUUGAAGGUCCUGUAGAAACACCAAGAGUAACAGCACCAUCAGGCCAAAGCUUAGAUGUAGAAGCAUUAACGAGUAGUAUCCACAUGCAAGCUGGAGAACGCAUGUUUCUACGAGGCGUGUCAGGUGACCUCUCAGCAUCGUGCCUAGCGGAUUUAAAACUCAGAGCCACAAAUGGAAGGAUAAUGCUUCAAUCAGAGAGUCUAGAAAUGAGGAACCUCCCUGUAGCUGAUGCCAGCUCCUCCUCUUCCUCAUCAGCAGGCGUGUUUGAACUCUGCAUCUGCGAGAAUGGAAAGGUGUUCCUGGCCCCACCCUCCACGGGCUGCACCCAGACAGACAUCUGCUUAUAACGGUUGACCUCUCUGACCCUUGACCUUUGAUGGCCUGUCACCAUAACACCAUGAUAAAACCACCUUUGACCUUUUUGUUUUCACUGGGCAAGCUAUUGUGACAUUGUUAAAUUCACAUACUUGUACCAUCUGGAGUUGAGGCUCUUUAGUUAGAUCGCGAAGUAGCCAAUUUUUGCUGAGACUCUGUAGUGAGAUGACAUGACAUGUUUUUACCAACAGAUAACAGAAUUUGAAAUAUUUGCUGUAGAAAGAUUAAAAUUUGUAACAUUUUGUUCAAUAUUGAUGGCUUUAUCUUGGAUUUUGGUGACAAGCCAUUUAUUCCUUGUAUUUAUUUAUUGCAAUUUUAUAUACGUUAUAUAAAUCAUAUGUACAUGUUGAAAGACUGAUUUCCUUUUUGCAUUUGAUGUGCAUUUUUCUAACUUAUUUGUACAUAUAUUUCAGAUUGAAUAAACAAAAAUUUGUGAUUUCUUUAGUGGUUGAAGUAUUUUUAGGGUUAUAUUACAUCAUCAUAUUUCAAACUCUCAAUUUAUUAAUUGAAUACAUACGCGUGAACAAAAAACAUGCCAAGGGAAAUGAUAUUCUGAUACAUUUCAAUUUCCCGUACAAAAAAAAUGUUUUGUAAUCCCCUUCCCUACCUGUUUGUACUUAUUGUAGAUAUUUGAUAUUUCUUUCUUUUUGUUUUAAUCUGACAAGGAGAAAAUAAAAUGUCUCGCCAUAUACAAGUAAUUUGAUUUUUGUAGUGAAGAAUGAUUUGGAUUCGGAAAGUCAAAAAGAAUUCAGUUAUUGAAAAGAGAGCAUUGCAAAUGAAAUAGAAAUAAAAACAAGAAUGCCCUUCAUAUUUCAACUUUCCAUUUCAUAAGUAAAUAAUAGCUUUUUUGUGAAAAAAAUUAAAACUGUGAUCACUCUGAUGAAAUUUCUGUGAUUAGAUGAAGGUUCAGGUUUAGUAUUGAGAAGGGACAGUACUCUGGCUUUUCAUUAUGCUUUAACUACAGCAAAGGGUCACAAAAUGUCAAGCAAAAAAAAAAACAAGACAGACAGAUAUGACCCAUGUUUUGUAUUUUUUGUGCAAUUCAUGGUUCAGAUAACUGCCUCACUGACACUCUAUCUGUAUUCUAGAAAUGUAUUUGUAUUCAUUAUUUUAUUCACCAUUUGAGAUGUGAUAGUUGUGGAUAUUGACCUAAUAUUGUGUGUGUAUGUGUGUGUGUGCGUUUGUGAUUGACUUGUGCAACAUACCGCUCCCCGUCUGUGGAUGACAGCUAGUCCGGAAUCUGGUCGGUUAUUAUAUUUUACCUGUAUAAUGUUCCCAACACUUGCUGCAAGCCGCCGAAGAUGGCGUUAUCAGCAAACACGCCGGGCAUCCUAAUUCAAGGAUCAUGCCAUCUUCAGCUGGCAGUGAGUAAGUCGGGGGCGAUUGCAUUGCCUUGGUGGAAGGUAUUUAAAAUCAAAUCGGCCAGAUUCUGGACUAGGUGAGAGUCAGAAUGUUGUCACUCUGUCAUAGACUUCACACCUUUCUGGCUCUCUGCAGAUAUGUGAUGGUAUGUCACAAACGCUGAUGGUUGAGUCAAUCUCCCCACAAUCAAAGGGUUUCUCUACUCUCAACAAAAGUGGAUUCAAUCAUGUCUAGAAUCGGUGAAUUAUUUUAUUUUAAAAAAAAAUCUUUCUCUUUAUUUAUUUAUUUAUCUUCUGUUUUAUUUCAUAAAAUGAACUUGAUGUCGAAUUGACCACCCAUUCAUGUUACAACUGAACACUUCUAUUUGUCAUUUGUGUUUUUAAUAUAAUUCUGUAUAUUAUUGUAAAAGGCUUGUACUAAUAUGCUUCUCUUACUGACGAUGAAACUUGAAAGAAAUACUUAAUGUGAAAUUGACUUGAAAUUUACAAGUCUUGAUUUAUUGUUUUCUUUUUGCUGACUUCUGAAAAUAUGAAUGAAUGAAUUCAUUUCCUGAAAUGUUGUUGCAGUACCUUGUUGAAAUGUAGUUGGAAACCUUGAAAUGUGAUGUACAUGUACAUAUAUAUUAAUGAGUUGUCAUUCAUCAGAUCGGGAACUUGGGUUUGUUGUUUAACGUUAUGUUUGCUGAAAGUAGACUGUUGUUCAAAGAGAACUCUUCCUUGUUUACUUGCAGGUUUUAUUGUGUUUAUUCUUUUGAUAUUGCAGGGUGGAAAAGGAUUGGGUCAUGGUUUUGGACGGAAAUAAAGGCUGAAACAAAAUCAUAUCACAUUUGCUUAAUAUUAUGAAACUUAAGUUCUUCCCUUUCCAAAUCAACAUGCACAAACCUUUUCAAAAAUACAUGACAGUCUCUCUCUAAAAUACGUAAUUUCUUUUGAUAAUAGGAAAAUACAAUUUCCAAUUUUGUUUGUCACAAUCAUGAAGACUUCAG